AUGAAUAUAACAUCCGAUAUAAAAUAUCAAUUUUCUAAAACAAAAAUAUGCAAACAUUUUCUUGAACAGAAGUGUCUAAAUACACAUAAUUGUAAUUAUGCACAUGUGCUAGGAGAACUUAGACCUCUUCCUAAUUUAAUGAACACAAAACUCUGCAGAAGCUACAAGAAAAAUAUCCCUUGUAUUAACCCUAAUUGUAAAUAUGCCCAUAAAGUUGAGAACCUACAACCUACUACAGAUUUGUCUACUUAUAAAACAAGUUUAUGUUAUUUUUGGAAGAGAAAAAAAUGUAUGAACGAGGAAAAAUGUAGAUUUGCUCACGGAAUUGAAGAAAUAAGACCUUUGAAAUUACGACCACAAAAAGAAGUAUACAUUAAGGAAGAAAAAAUAAAUGAUCAUAAUAAUAAUAUUAAUUGUAAUAGUAAUAUGGAUGAAUUACAAAAUGAUAAUAAAAAAAAUAUUUUUAAUCAAGAAGAUCUAAAUAAUCUUUUAUCACAUUUAUUACUCAUUCAAAAUUGGUCUCCUGAAAUAAAAAAAAAUAACGAUAAAAAUGAAGAACAACAAAUAUAUACAAAUGAAAAAAUUGUAAGCGAUACAUCUUUAUCUUCUAAUAUGUUAAUACAAAAUAGUAAGGAGCAUAAUAAGGAAUAUAUAAAUCUUUCUAUAUAUAAUAAAUUGUGUGAUGAAAAUCUAAAUGCAAACUACAAUAAACAAUUAGAUGAUUAUAUAAAAUAUAAUUCAUUAAAAAUAAAUGAUAAUAAUAAUAUAGAGAGAAGUACAACAAAUACUAUAAAACAAGAUCAAUAUUGUAAUUUAUUUUCUUCAAACGAUACCUUUUGUGAUUCAAAUGAAGACAACUAUAAUGACACACAUGUUGCAAAGGAUCAAGAUUUCUAUAAGGAUGAAUACAUAAAUAUAUAUAACCAUAUAAAUGAUCCUAUAUUCAGUCAUAUAUCUUCUGAACAACCAAUGAAUGAUGAAGACUGUUUUGACGAAUUAUAUAAGUCUAUAAAGGAAGAAAUCACAAAAAAAUAUGAAAAUAUAUAUAUCUAUUAA